CGCAAACUGUCGGUCUCCAUCUGGGCUGACUCACAGCCCUACAUUCCGGCCUAGUUGCCAAAUUUUCAAGUCUGAUUCCGGAGUCCCUUUAUCUGCGAUGUCAUUGGUUGAGCUGGAACUCCGCCCAUCAUGGAAGUCAGGAGGCCGUCCGCCCGCUACGGGGAUACCCCAACGCGGACCUACCAACGGACCUACAAGGCCUGCCUCUCGUGCCGCCAGCGAAAGGCCAAGUGCAACCUCGGAACUGAUCAAGAUGGCUUUCCAAUAGGGCCUCCGUGUGCGAAAUGUCGAAGGGAACAGAGGGAGUGCGUAUUCAGUGAAAAGAGGGCCUGGGAAAGAAGCAGUAAACGCGGUCCGUCGGAAGAUACGCCCGUGCCAUCGCCCAAUACACGUCGCAGGUUGUCAGACCAUACCCAACAGGAGCGGGAGGUACCUGAAGAUGUUUUACAAGUCGGCGCUGAUAGUCCCUUUGGUAACAGCAGCGCCCAUAAAAACGAAAGCAGGGGCUUGCGUCAGACUCAUGCUUCCGCGACACGGACUCAGCGCGAAAUUCAUCCCCAUGAUGUACUCGAAGUGUUCGAUGAUCAAUCUAUCGAUCGUAGCACUACUGGCAGUAGCAGUAGAGGCUUACUCCAGUCUCAUGUCUUCAACACUCCACGGACUCGACGACGAAGUGUGCCAGACGAUGUUCUGCAUGUGUUCGAUCACAGACCAGGCAAUGACAGUACCAAACAUGACCACAAUCCUAGGAGAUCACACCACUCUUCUGUUCCGAAUAUGUACGCAACUCAGACGCGGAGGUUACCCGAUAGCAUGCCGCAGCAGGCAAAUCAGCGGUCUGAAAGCCAUGGCCACAGGCAUGACAAAGUUGACGAAAAUUCCCAUCAGACUUAUGAUCCCGAGACACGCCCAAGCCAGCCUCCAACGACCUCGAGUUUUGCCAACUCAAUGAUGCGCACCGUGGUCUCUAGUGGAAAUGAUGCUCUGAAUAUCCUGUUUGAGGCUGCUGUGGCCCAUAGCCAGGAUAAUAUGGCCAGCGAUUACCAGGCGCAAUCGCAAACUACACGGGAUAGUGCAUCGCAAGGCAUACGUGUGAGCAACAAUGCCAUGAACGAACCGCAUUUCAUAUAUCCUAUGGAAGCUGUGGCCAAGGCGAAGCGCCCGGUACAGCUUUCAUCGGUAUCGGAAGAGGUGCUCAAGGUCUGGGAAACCUGCCGAUUCGUCAAAAUGGGUUGGUUCUCAUCCAGAGAAGCGGUGACUCUCAUCGACUUGUUCUUCAAGAACAUGGUUCCUCUUUCACCAAUAUUGACCAACUUCUAUGCCGACCAUAGCACCCACCAAUACCUGAUCACCUGUGAUCCUGCUUUAUGUUGCGCUAUAUUAAUGUUGUCUUCCCGUUAUCAUGUCCUCCCUGGAGCUGGAGGCGAAUCCCGAAACUUCUUCAUUCACCAUCGUCUGUGGCAGCACUGUCAACAUCUUGUCAUGCGGCUUAUUUUCGGGCAGGAGAGGUCGUCUCAUGCGAAAAAUAGGAGCAUUGGAACCAUUGAAGCGCUGUUAUUGAUGUCGGAAUGGCACCCAAGAUCCCUUCAUUUCCCACCGGAGAGUGAUGGCUGGGACUCUGACUUGGUGUUGGCCCCGGAACCCAAAAGCCAAGAUGAUUCGUCCUCCAACCGAUGGCUUGAAGACAUGGUUGAACCGGCCAGAAGAUCUGAUCAGAUGUCCUGGAUGUUACUCGGAUCCGCGCUGUCGCUCGCGCACGAGCUGGGCAUUUUCGAACUUGAUGAUAAGAAAUGCGACUAUGCGUCGCUAUAUGAAGGCUUCAUCUCGAAUGACCAAAUCAAACUGCGCAGACUCCGCGUGCAACGCCUCUUAUACGUCUACAUCAAUCAACUCGCCUGGCGAAUUGGAUGUGUCUCGCUUAUGCCACAGAGCUUAAACCAUACAGUACUCGGUCGACAAACAACACGGGACGUGAGCCACUCGGAAGACGAAUGGCUGGCUCUCAUGGACUCUUGGAUGGAUCUUACAAAGUUGGCCAAGAAUGUGACCGAUAUGUUCUUCCCGUCUAUCAAUUUUGCGAGGCAACAACUGCAUAGUGGACGAUAUAUCGAUUUGUUGGAUCACUUCUGCCCUCUCCUACAAAAGUGGAAAGAGCAGCAUCUCAGGCAUGAUGUGCUUAGCAAGCACUUCUAUGACAUUCUCUUCAUUGAAUACAACUUUGUGCGUGUGUACACGCACUCGGUGGGAAUGCAAGCAGUCGUGGAGCGUAUAGUCGCAGACAAUAACUCAAACGUGGAAGAAGUCCGUGCGAUGCACAUUGAGCCCAUUGACUACAACUAUAUCCAGGAAGUGAUUGACGGGUGUUGCCAAAUCCUACAGAAAGUCAUCCAGCUUGGUGACGCAGGAGCUCUGCGAUUCUCUCCUGUCCGCAUGUUUCUACGGAUCAUUAGUUCCUCUAUCUUCCUGAUGAAAGCCUUGAGUCUCGGGACUCGUCCAGCAAAGCUCCGUGAAUCGCUAAACAUACUCGAGCGCUGCGUACAUGCACUGAGGUCGAAUGCUCUCGACGAUAUCCACCUCAGCACUCGGUACGCCGAGUUGCUGGAAAUGCACGUGUCUCGUCUGCGUCGCAACUUGCUUGCAUCAUCUAAGUUGGUCAAACCCAGUCAUGGAACGACGACUCGCGGUGCGAUGGGCCCUCAACAGAACAUAGAAGCCGAGGACCCCAACCCCAUGGUCGAUGUUGCUGUGUCGCAAAGUCUGGCGGACGUGAGUCUCUUUCCCCAGCUCAAUGAUAUUGCUGGGGAUGACUGGCUUUCACUACCAUUUGAUCCGUCUAUGGCGCCCUUCGGGCUCAAUAAUUGUGGACAGUUCCCUGCAUAUGGAGGAGGAGCAUUGAACUUCAUCUGGAAUCUGCCGUCGUGAUUGAUGCGAUCUGCAAUGUGGCUGGACCCAUACGCUGUACAUAUAUGUAUUAGAAUAUAAAACUCUAUCAUGCAUAAUCUUGCUUAGCGUGGACAUUUAAGUGGGUUGGGACGGUAUAUUUCGCCCGCAUGGCAAGGAAUGCUGGUAAUAACAAUUUGAAACCCAAAGCGAGUUACGCAUAGAGGUGUACGAGUUAUUGCGAUGGUUCCAUGUGAGCUUUAUGAUAUCAGACAACAGACGGAGGGUGCCAAUCUGUCAUCAUUUGUCAGAUGAGAA